GGGGAAGUAUAAUAUCAUACAAUACUUUGGUAGUUGUGCUUACCUGCUUCUCUUGGACUAAUUUGUAUAGGUUUGCUAUUGAUUGCUCUGUAGUAGUUGUUGGUCUGCGGCAUAGAGUAACUUACCUCCAAGAACACCUUCAAGUUGAAAAAUGGAUGUUUUCCUCUCGCCCUUGACCAGCUCUUUUCCUUCCCUUGAUGCUUUCUUUAUCGGGAAUGUUGCAUCUCCUUGGUUGAUGAGACUGUUUUGGAAGAGGCCAGCGAGUUUAGGCCUCCUCGGCCAGCGUAGAUCAUAGACAUGAGGUAAUGUGCACGAUUUACAGGUGGAAUUGGAAGGAAUGGGUGGCGGUGGGAAGUUGGUGGUUGAGGGAAAUUUUUGGUGAAAAACAAUUGCAGUUGUUGAAAGUUCAUUGUCCUAGACAUCUUGAUCGGUAUUUCGCGACAAUUUUGUCAGUAGAGAUCUUUCCAACCUACUCUCUCUUUCACCUGCACAUUAUGUUUGGUUUCUGUAACAAUACUCUUGAAUUAUCU